GAUCAAAAUCAGAAAUGAAUUUUGUUGGAUUGAAUAAUCAGGGAUCCACAUGUUAUCUGAACACAUUACUUCAAACAUGGUUCAUGACUCCAGAAUUUAAAGAUUGCAUUAGCAGAUCACAAACUCAAGAUCGUUUAAUAGAUGAGCUGAAAAACCUGUUUGAACAAUUAGCAAGGGAAAAUUAUCACUCCGUGUGUACAAAAAGCUUGACUUCCUACUUGGGAUUAAAUGUUUACAAACAGUGCGAUAUUGAAGUAUGUUUCCGCAGUCUGAUGAGCAAACUGAGCACCAAAAUGGACAAAGAGAACAAUAUUCUGAAGAUUUAUCAGGUCACAAUGGUUCACUCAAUGAUGUGUUCAAAAUGCAUGAUACCAUUGGACAAAGAGAAUCUUUUCCUGGAUAUACCUCUAUCUAUGUGUUCAGCUAAUUCGUUGGAGAAGUUUAAGUGUAUGGAAAAUUCUCUUCGAGCGUUUUUGGACGUGGAAAAGAUGGAAGGCGACAACAAAUGUUAUUGUGACGUCUGUGGGGAAAAAACUGAAUCAACAUCCAGAUAUUAUUUUAAGAAUUUGCCACAAAUUCUUACAUUUCAACUAAAACGAUUUGAAUUUGACUGCUACUGUAUGCGAUAUAGGAAAAUUGAAGAUUACAUUAGUCUUCCAUCAGAUUUGGUAUUUAAGAAAUCCAAGAAGAAGGACAUGGAGAACAGAGAGAUCAGUGUGGACAAUAUUGAUGUGCAAGAGCAGUUGAAGAUUAAGGAGGAAGUGUUGACGAGCAUUCAGGGGGAUGAAUCCCCAGGACACCCAGGGAUCUAUCCCAGGCUACCGAGCGAGGCGAGUAACGCCCAGAAUAACCACAGUUUAGAGGCCAUGGAACGAGGGCAAAGUGAGACUUCACCUCUGCAAGGGCAGGAAAAAUAUUCUGUGAAUGAUGAAGGGAAAAUGGCUGAGGCAGCUCCAGGUCAGUCAGAGCAAGACUCAACAGUGGACAAGAAGAAGGACAUGGAGAACAGAGAGAUCAGUGUGGACAAUAUUGAUGUGCAAAGGCAGUUGAAGAUUGAGGAGAAGUUGUUGACGAGCAUUCAGGGGGAUGAAUCCCCAGGACACCCAGGGAUCUAUCCCAGGCUACCGAGCGAGGAGAGUAAUGCCCAGAAUAACCACAGUUUAGAGGCCAUGGAACGAGGGCAAAGUGAGACUUCACCUCUGCAAGGGCAGGAAGAAUCUUCUGUGAAUGGUGAAGGGAAAAUGACUGAGGCAGCUCCAGGUCAGUCAGAGCAAGACUCAACAGUGGACAAGGAUGACUACAAUGAAUGGUGCCCAACAUUACCAGAGAACAAGGAGCAACUUGGUUCGCAAAAACGGCGUCAUGAUACUAUGGAAGAAGGACAAGGUUCCGUUCCAACCCAGCAGUUCCAGGGAGGAACAUCUAAGGAUUGUGGAGGGAGAUCAGAGGAAGCUCAAGAUCAGUCAGAACAAGAUUCUACACAGCAAAAGUUGAAGAAGCCGAAAAUGCUGAACACGGCGAGUAACGCCCAGAAUAACCACAGUUUAGAGGCCAUGGAACGAGGGCAAAGUGAGACUUCACCUCUGCAAGGGCAGGAAAAAUAUUCUGUGAAUGAUGAAGGGAGAAUGACUGAGGCAGCUCCAGGUCAGUCAGAGCAAGACUCAACAGUGGACAAGAAGAAGGACAUGGAGAACAGAGAGAUCAGUGUGUACAAUAUUGAUGUGCAAAGGCAGUUGAAGAUUGAGGAGAAGUUGUUGACGAGCAUUCAGGUGGAUGAAUCCCCAGGACACCCAGGGAUCUAUCCCAGGCUACCGAGCGAGGAGAGUAAUGCCCAGAAUAACCACAGUUUAGAGGCCAUGGAACGAGGGCAAAGUGAGACUUCACCUCUGCAAGGGCAGGAAGAAUCUUCUGUGAAUGGUGAAGGGAAAAUGACUGAGGCAGCUCCAGGUCAGUCAGAGCAAGACUCAACAGUGGACAAGAAGAAGGACAUGGAGAACAGAGAGAUCAGUGUGGACAAUAUUGAUGUGCAAGAGCAGUUGAAGAUUGAGGAGAAGUUGUUGACGAGCAUUCAGGUGGAUGAAUCCCCAGGACACCCAGGGAUCUAUCCCAGGCUACCGAGCGAGGAGAGUAACGCCCAGAAUAACCACAGUUUAGAGGCCAUGGAACGAGGGCAAAGUGAGACUUCACCUCUGCAAGGGCAGGAAGAAUCUUCUGUAAAUGGUGAAGGGAAAAUGACUGAGGCAGCUCCAGGUCAGUCAGAGCAAGACUCAACAGUGGACAAGGAGAAUAAUUCUGGGAAUAACCACAUUUUUACGGCCGUGGAACGUGGGCAAGGUGAUCUUUCAACUCUGCAAGCGAAAGUUAUUCUUAAGGAAGAAUAUUCUGUGAAUGAUGAAGAGAGACCAACUGAGGCUGAAGGUCAGUCAGAACAAGAUUCUACAGAGGACAAGGAGAAUCAUUCCCCAAGUAAAUGCUUUGCUGAGGUGCCAGAAGGAGAACAAAGUUCCACUCCAACUCUGCAAGGGCAGAAUGGAAAUUCUGAGAAUUGUGAAGGGGGAACAUCGUGGACAGUUCAAGAUCAGUCAGAGCAAGUUUCCACAGAGGACAAGGAGAAUCAUUCCCCAAGUAAAUGCUGUGUUGAGGUGACGGAAGGAGAACAAAGUUCCACUCCAACUCUGCAAGGGCAGAAUGGAAAUUCUGAGAAUUGUGAAGGGGGAACAUCUUGGACAUUUCAAGAUCAGUCAGAGCAAGUUUCCCCAGAGGACAAGGAGAAUCAUUCCCCAAGUAAAUGCUUUGCUGAGGUGACGGAAGGAGAACAAAGUUCCACUCCAACUCUGCAAGGGCAGAAUGGAAAUUCUGAGAAUUGUGAAGGGGGAACAUCUUGGACAUUUCAAGAUCAGUCAGAGCAAGUUUCCCCAGAGGACAAGGAGAAUCAUUCCCCAAGUAAAUGCUUUGCUGAGGUGACGGAAGGAGAACAAAGUUCCACUCCAACUCUGCAAGGGCAGAAUGGAAAUUCUGAGAAUUGUGAAGGGGGAACAUCUUGGACAUUUCAAGAUCAGUCAGAGCAAGUUUCCCCAGAGGACAAGGUGAAAAAAUAUGAACUAUUUGCAAUCUGGCACCACUUUGGAAGUUAUGGAAGCGGACAUUAUAUUGCUGAAAUAAAAUCAGGCUCUGGUGACUGGUACUCCUUUGAUGAUAGAUUUGUUGAAAAGAUCGGGAAAAAUACCAAGCGAAGGUCCACAAGUGCCUACAUGGUUAUGUACAGACUGGUAGACACAAACAAGGAAGCAGGGUCUGAUGCCACAACACCCGAGCAGUGUCAAACACAAGACCCAGAAUACCCGGAUACAGGGGUCAAAGAAUUGUUGAACACAGCUACAAGUUACAAAUAGUGUGACAGAUGUGGUUAAUUGUUCAUGUUCUGAAUUUAUUUUGAUAUUAUCUUAAAACUCAUAGGAAUAAUAGGUAGUUGUAAUGAACUGGCUGAAAAUUCUUGUUGCAUUUAAGAUGAAGUAUGGCUCUACUACCUGCGAUAAUGUUAAUGUAGCUAUAUUAAUGUAAGAAUUGUAUCUGUUAUAAAAUGUUUAGUAUUACUUACGGACAUCCAUGGGAGAUGAGUAUUAGGCCUCGCAGAUUAAAAAUUAUCUUCAAGCGAAACAUAAAUCAAAUGCGGUGCACUCCUUUUGUAAGGAGGAUACAAGUCACAAUUU